AUGCGUCGUCCAAGUGCCCAGCUCAUUUUGACGGCUCUCGUUGCAGUCGUCCAAGCAGCACCACCCGCUGGCUUUGGCUAUCCAUCCCCGUGGGCGAGCGGUGGUGAUGGCUGGGAUGAGGCGUACGCGAAAGCAAAGGAUUUUGUGAGCCAGCUGACCCUCGUUGAAAAGGUCAACUUGACAACGGGUACCGGAUGGGAAGCUGAUCGAUGCAUUGGCAUGACUGGCUCAGUGCCACGGCUCGGGUUCAGGGGUUUCUGUCUUGAGGACGGUCCGCUAGGGGUUCGAUAUACGGACGGCAACUCGGCAUUCCCAGCUGGUAUCAAUGUGGCUACGACGUGGAGUCGCGACUUGAUGCGCCGAAGGGGGAUUGCUAUGGGCGAGGAGUUUCACGGGAAAGGCAUAGAUGUCCAGCUCGGUCCUGCUGCUGGACCUUUGGGUAGAGUUCCUGCCGGAGGACGCAACUGGGAAGGCUUCAGCCCCGAUCCCUAUCUCAGUGGUGUUGCCAUCGCCGAGACGAUCAAGGGCAUCCAGAGCCGCGGUGUCAUUGCUUGUGCUAAGCACUACAUACUCAACGAGCAGGAGCAUUAUCGUAAUAACAUUGACUCGACCAUUGACGAUAAGACUAUGCAUGAGCUCUAUCUUUGGCCCUUUGCCGAUGCGGUUAGAGCUGGUGUGGGCUCAUUCAUGUGUUCGUACAACAAGAUCAAUACCAAGUACAGCUGCGAGAAUGAGUGGACUACGAAUUACUUACUCAAAAAUGAGUUAAACUUCCAAGGGUUUGUUAUGUCGGAUUGGGGUGCUCAGCACGCAACUGGAGCAUCUGCCCUCGCCGGACUCGACAUGGCAAUGCCAGGUGAUGGCGCAAGAAAUGCGUACAACUCAUUGUGGGGUGGUGCUUUGACGGAAGCAAUUCUCGCGGGUAGUAUCCCGCGCUGGCGGCUUGACGAUAUGGUGAUUAGGAUUAUGGCGGCAUACUACAAGGUCCAUGUGGGAAACUACACGGAGCGGCCAGAUAUCAACUUUUCAGCCUGGACGAACCAGACCACCGGGUAUCUAUAUCAGUCUGCAAAACAAGGGUCAACGGUAGUCAACGAGCACAUCGACGUACAAUCAGACCACGCAAAGCUCAUUCGAGAGAUCGGCGCAAAAUCGAUUGUCCUGCUGAAGAACGUGAACGGCACGUUACCCCUGAACAAGCCGAAGAGCAUUGCCAUUAUUGGAGAAGAUGCUCAGGAUAACCCUGGAGGCCCCAACUCUUGCCCAGACCGUAAUUGCAAUAAAGGGACGCUAGCAAUGGCUUAUGGCUCUGGAACGGCUGACUUUCCCUAUCUGAUUUCGCCCGCUACUGCACUCAAAGCACAGGCAGACGCCGACAAUACAACCUUUGUUAAUAUCAAAGGCAACUGGGAUCUCGACGCUGCAAAGUCCGCGGCAGCUGUGACUGAAGCUGCAAUCGUGUUUGCGAAUGCCGAUGCCGGCGAGAACUUUAUUACUAUUGAUGGGAAUGCCGGAGACAGAAAUAACUUGACCCUCUGGAACGGCGGCGAUGAGCUAAUCAAGGCCGUUGCCUCUGUCAAUCCAAAUACCAUAGUGGUCCUUCACACCGUGGGGCCCGUCCUCAUAGAAUAUGCCAAGAAUCAUCCGAAUAUCACCGCUAUUCUAUGGGCAGGUCUCCCAGGCCAGGAGUCCGGCAACUCACUAACUGAUGUCCUCUACGGCAAGGUGAAUCCUCAGGGCAAGUCUGUUUUCACGUGGGGCAAGUCGGUGGAAGACUACGGCACCCAACUGAUGUACCGGUCGCCGACCGCACAGCCAGUGCAGAACUUCACAGAAGGUGUCUUCAUCGAUUACCGCUGGUUCCAGAACGCAAGCAUAGAGUCGGUUUACGAGUUUGGCCAUGGUUUGAGUUACACGCGCUUCAUGUAUCACAACUUGACCAUCACCGUGCACAACGACACGACUUACAAGCCUGCCACAGGCGUCACGGAGCCGGCUCCCACUUUUGGCACUAUCGAUACCAGUGCUGCAAGUAACACAAUGCCGGCUGGGUUCAAAAAGAUAACGCCUUAUGUCUACCCCUGGAUUACAGGUACUAGCACCGGCGGAUCAACAGCUGGAGCGGCGCCAGCCGGGAGCACCAACAGUUCAGCUCAGCCCUUGUUACCAGCUAGUGGAGCCCCAGGAGGAAAUGCUGGAUUGUACGAUGUCCUCUAUACAGUCACAGCUGCUAUUGAGAACACAGGUAAAGUUGCGGGAACGGAUAUACCACAGCUGUAUGUUCAGCACGGCGGACCUAAUGAGCCGUGGGGCGUCCUCAGGGGGUUCGACGAAGUAUAUCUAGAGCCCGGCCAAGUCAAGAAUGUAGCUUUCAACCUGACACGCCGAGACAUUAGUAAUUGGGACACGAAUGCCCAGGACUGGGAGGUCACUGUCUACGACAAGUUCGUGUUCAUUGGGUACAGCUCGACAGAAAUCGGGCUGAACGCAUCAUUGCCCCGGUUAAGUUAG